AGGCCACCCCACCGCGCCACCGCCAGCCGAAGCACCGAACAACUUCGGCUGGUCAGCACGUUGACGUGGGUGCCGACAGACGCAGCUGCUGCCAUGGCCAACUUGUAGGACCAGUGUCCCUGCGCCGGGAGCCAGUUCAGAAUGACUGAGGAGGCAUGCCGGACCCGAGGCCAGAAGCGGGCGCCUGAGCGAGACCCAGCCAAGGACGAUGCCGACGGCAAGAGAAUGAAGAUGGACAGAGGUCUGGUGGCCUCGGACUUGACGACAGGGACCGACACGACAGUGCGGGCCGAGUCAGGCACUGUCCCGGGCCCAGGGCUGCCCAGAGCAGGCGAGACAGGGAGAGCAGGCGAAGGGCAGGUGGCUGACGGGCCCGUGGACAUGCGCACCUCACAGAGUGAUGUGAAGGCCGAGAGGAGAGCUCCUUCACCUGACGUGAUUGUGCUCUCAGAUGGUGAGCAGCCAGCCAGUCCGCGAGUGAAUGGGCUGAUGAAGGUGGCGCUAACGGAGACCAGCACUGAGGCCCUCAUGAAAAGUAGUCCUGAAGAACGAGAAAGGAUGAUUAAGCAGCUAAAAGAAGAGUUAAGAUUAGAAGAAGCAAAACUCGUCUUACUGAAAAAGUUACGGCAGAGUCAGAUCCAGAAGGAAACCACUGCCCAGAAACCUCCUGGCUCCUCCGCAAGCUCCGUGUCCACCCCUCCCCCGCUCGUGCGGGGCACCCAGAACAUUCCUGCUGGCAAGCCGUCAUUACAGGCCUCCUCGGCCCGCAUGCCCGGCAGCGUCAUCCCACCACCCUUGGUCCGCGGCGGGCAGCAGGUAUCCUCGAAGCCAGGACCGCAGCCCAACGCGCAGGUCGUCAUGCCUCCGCUUGUCCGUGGGGCCCAGCAAAUCCACAACAUCCGACAGCAUUCUGGAACAGGGCCUCCCCCGUUGCUCCUGGCCCCCCGGGCGUCCGUUCCCAGUGUGCAGAUCCAGGGGCAGAGGAUCAUCCAGCAGGGCCUGAUCCGUGUAGCCAACGUGCCCAAUGCCGGUCUGCUUGUCAACAUCCCCCAGGCCUCCCCAGCAUCACUGAAAGGGACGACGGCCACCUCUGCCCAGACAGGCACUACCACCACGGGUACCGCAGCCACAGCUGCUCCUGGUGAUUCCCCAGCCAGCCGGCAGGCAGCUGCCAAACUCGCACUUCGAAAACAGCUGGAGAAGACACUGCUGGAAAUCCCCCCACCCAAGCCCCCUGCCCCUGAGAUGAGUUUCCUGCCCAGCGCUGCCAAUAAUGAGUUUAUCUACCUGGUGGGCUUGGAGGAGGUGGUGCAGAACCUGCUGGAGACUCAAGCGGGCAAGGUGUCAGCGGCCACAGCACUGCUCUCCCGAGAGCCCUACAUGUGUGCGCAGUGCAAGACGGACUUCACGUGCCGCUGGCGUGAGGAGAAGAGUGGCGCCAUCAUGUGCGAGACCUGCAUGACCUCCAGCCAGAAGCGGGCUCUCAAGGUGGAGCACACAAGUCGGCUGAAGGCCGCCUUCGUGAAGGCACUGCAGCAGGAGCAGGAGAUGGAGCAGCGACUGCUACAGCAGGGUGCACCCACGCAGGCCAAGGCAGAGCCCACCACCGCGCCACACCCCACACUCAAGCAGGUCAUUAAGCCCCGGCGUAAGGCGGCGUUCCGCUCGGGAGAGGCCCGCAACUGGACUAACGGGGCUGAGCUACAGGCCUCCAGCCAGCUGUCCCGGGGCCCAGCCGCGACACCCCGCAGCGUCCUGCACACCUUCAGCCAGUCGCCCAAACUGCAGAACGCAGCUGCAGCGCUCGCAACCAGGACCGGCAAGCAUUCCGAGAGGGUCGUGGGCUCCAGCAAGGGCAGUGCCACCGCUGGCUGGAAGAAGGCAGCCCUGAGUGCAGGUGGGGCCCUCGCCUUCGUCAGCCCGGGCCUGGCAGUGCAUAAGGCGUCCUCGGCCGUCGACCGCCAGCGCGAGUACCUCCUGGACAUGAUCCCACCACGCUCCAUCCCCCAGUCAGCCACAUGGAAAUAGUGGAGACCCGCCUCCCUCUUCCCUCUCCCCGCACGGCUGCCUCUGCCGAGAAAGGCUGCGCUGACCUUCUCCACCUGGGAGACGCCGUUGCUCAGUGUGGUCACCAAGCAAGCGACCUGAGACGCCGCAGAGCCUGCGCAGCACUGGGCAAGGAGGACUCUGCCUGGAGGGACCGCGCGGCUUUCUUCCUUCCUUUCUUUGCCUUUAGUUUGCCGUCACCAGCAGAAAAGUGGACCUGGGGCUGGUUCUGCAUUGCCCCCUCCCCUAAUCCAGUUCCUGGCAGACGAGAUCCCCUGGACAUGACACAGCAAGUGAGAGUGGCCAGCCCUGGCACCGAGGGGGCAGCCACUGCUCUGCUUCCCAACCCUGACACCCUCCAUCAUGGAGGCCCGUCAUUUGAUGUUAUCAUUGAAUCGCCUCAUGAUGACGGAGUUGAAAGCGAGCUGUGCAGACCCAGGUCCUGGUGGCAUAGCGUCGGCCCUGUGAUCUAGGGGGCAGGCAGCUGGUAGCCCGAGAUGGGACUGGCCCCACAGGAAGCCCUUCGCUGCUGCUCAUCUGAUGACCUUGGGACCCUCGCACUCAGCAGAACAAAAUGAAACCAGGCCCGCCGGAGACCAGGGACCUGGACACACAUUGCUGGCGCGGAGGGAAGACGGGCGCAGAGCCCCGGAGCUUGGCUGGGAAGCAGGAGGGGGCUGCUGUUUUUUUUUCUGGUUUAUUUUAUUAAAUUUUCUCAUUUACUUUUCCUACUGAUUUCGAUGGACGGAAUCAUACGCCACCCUGACCGUGAAAUAAGUGUCGGGUGCUCGUAACAGGUGUGUCCCGGGUCGGGGCCCGGCCCAGGUGCUUCUCCUGCACCCCCUUCCCGACUUCAGGAUUUCAGUGUGGGUCUAGUCUAGAAACCUUCCCUUACAGUGGGGGUGCUGUCGUGGGUCAUCCUCAGGUUUUUCUACCCCUUAGUGUCCACAGAAAUGUCUUUAGAAGGAUCAGUUUGUUUUGUUUUGUUUUUUUCUCCGGCUCUUUAAAGCCAGGCUCCACGGGGAGAGGUGAAGCUCCGUGUCUGCCGCACACAGCCUCCCCAUGAGGGCAGCCCAGCCCUGGUCUGCCACUGCCUCCAGGUGGAAAGUUAAUUUAAACCCUUACUUUGCAGGGCCCCCUCCUUCAGACACAACUACUACUGUAAUAAAAGCUCAUGUAACCCCUCUUUCUCAUGUUGUGUGGAUAAUGUCAGUGUUUAGGAAACAUUUUUGACAGCAGUAGGAGACCUAGUUUUGCAGAUAGUUCUAAUUUUUUGUUGUGUAAAACCCCAAAUUUCUUAUUUGGUUUUUGUUUUGAGCACAUCACUUCAGUGAGCCGAGGAGGGGAGGGUGGGGCACAGCGGCCUUCCUCCUGAGGUCUAGGGGUUUAGAGGAGAGGAAGGACAUCGACAUUCAGGAGGGGGGAAAGAAGGGUGUGUUUUUACACCCAAAAAUUCAAGAGUAUGCAAGCGUUUCUAUUCCUCGCAUUUUUCUGUGUGCCUGGCAAAUAAAUACCUAUCUUAUUACGACCCUGAGCUGUUGGCCCUCUCUGUUCACGCCACGGGCCAGAUGCUCCGAGUCCUCUGAGAAGGAGUGCCCGAUGGCCCUCCCUUGGGGACAACCAACUUCAUGCUAUGCAGAGAAGCAGCGCAGCGCCAGGCCAUGGCACCCUGCGUUGGCGGCUUCUGGCGUGCUCUCUGGGUCUGUGAUGAGGGCCGCCAGCCCCAUCAGAACCUCGCUUCCUCCAUCGUGCUCAGGAACCAUUGCUCCGAGCCCGCGGGACGUUCCUCCUGGGCUUGGGGCUUGGACAGACCUUGUGAGUUAAGUACAAACUGUGACCCCGCAAGGGAAGGGGUGUCUCAGGUGGAGGGGACGGGUGGGCCAGGUCCUGGCUCUGCCCUCCACCCCCUCGGCCACUCUCAUCAGGGACAACAUACUGUGACUUAUGGUAGCUUUUUUUAAAGAGGCAAGAAUGUAAGACGCCUUAAUCUUUAGUUAAUUUCUACUACCUUGAAAUUCCCACUUUCCCCCUUUUACCUUGUUCCCCAUUGCGGUGUAAUUUCUAUUAUAAGAAGCCCCAGAUCACGGGUGGUUCUGUGAUGAAAUUUAUAAUGAUAUAGGACAAGACAUUAAAUACCUCUCUGGGUGGGGGUUUGAACAAGCAGUUGGAAAGGGCAUUGGUUAGCGUUACGGUUGUCAACCGUCAGCGCAGAGCUCACCCCUUGAGACUGCCACAGUCCUUGCAGUCCCCAGGACCUUUGAGGAUGUGGGAGCCCACAGUGACAAGUGACCGAUGAUUGUAACAAUCCCAAAUUACCUGUCACAAACCCCUGGUGGCAACUGGAAACUUAAAAAGUAUUGCCAUGCUGUUUGAGCAAAAUUCGUUUCUCAUCUGGGUUAAUUUGGGGGGUUGCCACAUAGAAGUGUGUGCGUGCAUACAUACAUACACACACGGAUACACAUGUACCUCCUUGGAACUCCCACAUCUCUGACCAUCCUGGCUUUGUCACAGGGUCCCAGUCAGCAGUAUCCCAAUAUCACAAAGCUUAUCUUUCAUAAAGUCUUGGGUGGUGGGAGCUACCUUCAGUCCUAUCUGUAUUUCCAGGACAGAGGGGACAAGAGGUGACUCAGACCCCACUGUGUCCUGUGGCUUCUGGUCCCCUCAGGAAUCUGGGCCCACACACACCUCUUCUGUUGCAUGGAGACAUGCAGGGAGGAGUUUUCUAUAUACAUAUAUAAAUACCUGAUCCAUAGGGAUGUAAAUAAUGAAAGGUGGGCCUUGCUGCUUUGCCUUGUGGUUUUUCUUUGAUGCUGAGCUAUGCUGUACAGUACGUCGCCGAAAUAACUUGGACUGAGCUUUUUUAAAACCAACAGCAAGCAACUUUUAUAUUCCUUUAACAAAGUGUAAUAGUUACACUAGUGCAGGGUAUUUGGGGGUCUUGGAGGGAGGCUGUCACUUGUAUAUUUAUUGUGACUCUAAAUCUUUGAUAAUAAAACAUGUUUAAAAAAAAUGUUUGGCACCACACCAGAACAGACAGUUCCAGUAAACGAAGACGCUGGAACCGAUAACUAUACGUUGUGUCGUGAGGUGAUUCUAGAAUCUGAAGGACAAUAAAGAAAUGGACCAUGUGUUGGCUGUACUUCUGUUUUAUUCUCAACCGUGUUUCCUGAAAACACUGAGAAGGGGGUACAAGAGGGUGGCUGAGGGCUGAGGGGUCCCUCCCCAGUGGGCAGCCGUGGACCCAUGGCCUCGCCUGUGACUCUCUUCUCCAGGAUUCUUCGAGUAAAAAGCCUCCUCCAGCCUCCAACCAGAGGGACGGAGUUUUCUGGAACUUUCUAGGCUGGGCGUCACCUUGGGAGCCAUUGCUAUAGAAUAUGAAAUUACAGAUGCAUGUUUCAAGCACAGGGGUCACCCAGACCUCAGGAAAUGUCCCAGGCAUGGAGCCAGCUCUGAAAUGAGCAAUUCCUGGUGAAAAGUUUUCAGAUUUAGACACUUAACAGUUUUUUCAUGAGACAUGUGACUACUUUGAUUAAUUCCACGGUGUGUAAAAUGUGGCCCCAUUAAUUUUUUUUGCUGGUUCUUGAUGCUUGGGAGCUGUCAGCACCCCCUGGCCCUCAUAGUCUCUUGUGGAAGCCAGGAAUUACCCUGCUUCA